AUGUCGACAAGGCCGAAAGUGUUUUUAGAGUUUUCGGUUGGAAAUAAAAAAGUUGGAAGAGUGGAAAUUGAAUUGUUUUCCGAUAUUGUACCAAAAACUGCAGAAAAUUUUAGAGCAUUAUGUACAGGUGAAAAGGGUCAAAAAGGAGGAAAAAACCUGCAUUACAAGAAUUGCAAAGUGCAUCGAAUUGAACCUGGAUUUUGCAUUCAAACUGGAGAUUUUAUUAAAGGAAAUGGAACAUCUGGCAGGUCCAUCUACGAAAGCGGCAAGUUGGAGGAUGAAAAUUUCACAGUGAAACAUUCCGAACAAGGAAUUGUUUCCAUGGCAAAUAGUGGUCCUAACACGGCCAGUAGUCAGUUUUUUUUCACAAUGGCAGAGGGACCACUUCCUCAAUUGGAUGGAAAACAUGUUGCCUUUGGUAAAGUGACAUCAGGUUUGGAAAUCUUAAAAGAUUUAGAACAGUAUGGAAAUAGAUUGGGCGCAGUCUCAAAGAAGGUUACCAUUUCAGAUUGUGGUCAACUUUAG